AUGUCAGUCAUUAAUAUGCACGCCUCACGCUCUUUUCUGUUAUUUGCCCUGGCGGCGAUCGUAAACGCUCAAUCGGCGCCGGAUUUUCCUGUCCAAGUCUCGGAGAAUCUGCGGGUCGAUUUCCAGAGUUCUGCCACCAUCGUCAACCCGCCCGGUAUGACGAUAUCUCGUGAUGACGUCCUCGAACUCCCCACCGUCAACGGACCCGAAGAUUCGUCCCGGACGUUGGACUUUAUGAUCUUCAUGAUCGACCAGGACGCCACUUCUCCCAACGAUGCCAACUCGCGCGUGCAGUUCCUGCACUGGUACCAGCCCAACCUGGCCGGCGCGUCUGAAGUCCUCUUCGACUUCGGCAGCGAUUCACAGAACUUCACCUCCGCGCCGGCCGUGGAGUACACGCCGCCGACGCCUCCCCCCGGGGACAAGGCGCACCGGUACACGCUGCUGCUGUACUCGCAGCCCAAGGGGUUCAGCAUCCCGUCGUCGUUCCAGUCCUUUUUUGAUUCACCCGACUCCAAUGCCCGGCUGGGCUUCGACAUGGCCGGGUUCGCUGCCGCUGCGGGCAUCGGCCAGCCCGUCACAGCGAACUGGUUCCAGGUGCAGGACACGUCGCAGCCGGAAUCGAGCACGACGACGACGACGACCUCCUCAAGUACUACGGAAUCAUCCACCUCCAGCUCGACGACCGAGUCUACGACAACUACCACUACCACCACCUCGUCUUCCACUUCAACAGAAGAGUCCACGACCUCGACCUCGACCUCCGACUCAUCCUUCGUACCAGAUACCACCAUGACCCGCACCACCGUCACCGAAUCGGCAUCAGCCACCGCGACCGAUUCGACACUCGCCGGCCCCUCGACCAUCACCACCGUGACGACAGCGGACCAACCCCCGACGACAGAAUCGCCCAGCGACGGGGCCCAGACGACCCCGAGCGCCAGCGCCAGCGUCACUCUGGCCAGCGGCUCGGGCGCCAGCACAGUCCACGUACGCGACAGCCUCGGCGGGCUCUUCGUGGCGAUGGUAUUGGUAAUUAGCCUUGUCGCGGGUGCCGGGCUGGCCUGA